UCCAGUAUGGCAUCAAACUCACCACCUCCUGCAGCGAUCCUGACGGUCUUGGCCAUUUGGCUAGCACUCCACUGCGCCGCCAUCCCCGCGGCCGCGCAGAGCUGCAACUGCCAGCCAGGCCUGUGCUGCAGCAAGUACGGCUACUGCGGCACCACCAGCACCUACUGCGGCGAAGGGUGCCAGUCGGGCCCGUGCUCGGGCUCCGGGGGCGGCGGCGGGAGCGGCACCGCCGGUGCGUCCGUGGCGAGCGUCGUCACCGCUUCGUUCUUCAACGGCAUCAAGAACCAGGCCGGGGCCGGGUGCAAGGGCACAGGCUUCUACACGCGGAGCGCGUUCCUGAACGCCGUGAGCUCGUACCCCAACUUCGCGCACGGCGGCUCGGAGGCCGAGGGCAAGCGCGAGAUCGCCGCCUUCUUCGCGCACGUCACGCACGAGACCGGACAUUUCUGCCUCAUCAGCGAGGUCGACGGGGCGAGCAUGGACUACUGCGACGCGAGCGAGGGGGCGUGGCCGUGCGUCCCGGGGCAGGGCUACUACGGCCGGGGUCCCUUGCAGCUGUCGUGGAACUACAACUACGGGCCGGCGGGGAAGAACAUCGGCUUCGACGGGCUGGGGAACCCGGACGCGGUGGCGCAGGACCCCGUGGUGUCGUUCAAGUCGGCGCUCUGGUUCUGGAUGGACAACGUGCACCGGGUGAUGCCCCAGGGGUUCGGCGCCACCAUCAGGGCCAUCAACGGCGCCCUCGAGUGCAACGGCAGGAACGCCGCCGAGAUGGAGGCGCGGGUGCGCUUCUACCUGCGGUACUGCGGGCAGCUCGGCGUCGAACCGGGAAGCAACCUCACUUGCUAGGCGUCGAUCGGCGGGUUCAGGCAUGAGGCAUGCGGCUCGUGACGAAUAAAUGACAUGCUCGGCGUCGCACUCGCACGCAUUAUACUGGCGCCUGGAGCGACGUUACCAGUCCAGUACUAGUACUCUUCUUCAUGGGUGGCUCUUGAAGAGUAUUACCACUUUCGUAUUUGAAAAACAGUUAUUCAUUCCCACCUCG